GUUGUGAAGAUGGCGGAGGAGGAGGCUGAGAAAGAAUACAACAGAAGAGAAGAAACCGUGGCCCUGAGAAAACGCUUCCAGGAAUUAACUACGGUGUUACGAGACAGCGCAGACUCGGCGUUGGACGCCUCCGCUCGCUUCUGCCAUGAAUUUUGCCAGAUACUUGUGGAACAUGGAGGCCAAUGGAAGUCAGAGGAAGAUCCACUGCCUUUGCUGGAGAUGUACACAGUGGCUAUACUAUGCUUUGCCGAGGCCACCCCCUUUCUUUUUUCAGAAUGUGAACAUGUCACGGUUGUCCUUGAGAAGUUAGCUUUGAGUUGUCUGGAUUUUCUACUCUCACUCUUGGAGAAAGUACCAGGUGCCCUAUGGGAAGAAUUUCAGUCUUCUGUCAAGGUGGCACAUGGUAUUCUUCAGGGCAAUGGGAAUUUGCAGCUUAGUACACUGAUGGCUGUAGCUAAUGAAACUGGAGUUUGGACCAACACCACUCUGUGUCACAUUCUAUCAAACAACAUGCCCGAUGUUGAUAAAGUUCAUGAGCUCUUAGCUCGGGAAGGACCUACCCUGCUUGAUAUGCGUAUAAAACACCUUAUCAAACAGAAGUGCGUGGAAAAAGCUGCAGUGCUUGCAAAAACAUGUGCAGAGUUUCCUGAAUUUGGUGGAAAGAAGAAUUUCAAGCAGAUUUACCUUGUAUGUCUGUGUGAGACAAUGUCACAACAAGAACUCAUGCAAGAGAUCAAGGAGAUUGACUGCAAAGAUGCUUUGGAUAUGAUUUGUAACUUAGAAUCUGAGGAAAACGUAAAAGGUGCCCUGAGCCUUUGCACUGCUUUUUUCAAGCGGCAGCUUCUCCAAGGGGAUGUGUACUGUGCUUGGGAACUGACACUGUUUUGGAGUAAGCUUCUGAUACGUCUUGAAUCAGCACAAGCCUUUUUGGAUCAAUGCAGAUUGUUAGCACAACUCUCUGGCAGCGUUUACCAUAUCCUUCUCCUCAUCAAAGUUAUCCAAGCAGAGGUUCAGAAUGAAGGACUUCCAGUGUGCAUUGAAAUGUGCAUUCAAGCUCUGAAAAUAGGAGUGAGUGACAAUGAAGACUGCAACACAACUAUCUGCAAAACUAUCUCCUGCUUGUUGCCCUUAGACUUGGAAGUGAAGCGGGCAUGCCAGUUAACUGAGUUUCUUGUGAAGCCCACUGUGGAUUCCUACUAUGCGGUUGAAACACUCUUCAAUGAACCUGACCAGAAACUUGAGGAGGAAAGUCUCCCGAUUCCAAAUUCAUUACGCUGUGAUUUGUUAUUGGCCUUGAAAACGCAGUGGCCUUUUGACCCCGAGUUCUGGGACUGGAAAACUCUGAAGCGCCAUUGCCUUGCUCUAAUGGGGGAGGAAGCAUCUAUUGUGUCCUCCAUUGACAAAUUGAAUGACAGUGAGGAAAAUGAAGGGCUUCUGGAUGCUGAUGAGAAUGACUUCAAACAUCUGGAAUUUACCUUUAGUCCAGCAAAUGAGGAUGGUGGUAUGGAAGCUGAAAGAAAGAAAAAAAGAGAAAUGAAAAAGCUGAGAGAAAAGGGAUUUGUGUCUGCAAGGUUUCGCAACUGGCAAGCUUAUAUGCAGUAUUGUGUACUGUGUGAUAAGGAGUUCCUUGGGCACAGGAUAGUGAAGCAUGCACUGAAGCAUGUCCAAGAUGGUAUUUUCCGUUGUCCAAUAUGUACUAAGACAUUCGAGACGAGAGUAAUUCUUGAGCCUCAUGUAGCAUCACACGUGAAACAGUCGUGCAAAGAACGGCUUGCUGCUAUGAAUGCAAAAGACAAAAAACCGAAUCAACCCUUGUUGACUGAUAGUAAACAAGACUACAGCAAAUCGGCUGUAAAGGUUGGCCAGAACGUGUGCCCUACUGCUGUAGGAACUUCAAACACUAAUUCUAGCACUGCUGGAAAUGUUAAACCUAAACUAUGCUCUCAGAAACGAGGGAACCCUGUACGUGAUGUUGAAAACACUGAGGAUUGUUCUUGUCCUGUUACAAGCUGUCAGAAAGUAUUCAAGUACUUCAGAAAUUUGGUUGCACAUGUUAAGGCUCACAAAAACGAAGCGGAGGCUACACAUUUUCUUGAAGUACAAAGCCAGAAAGCCAUUUGCCAGUAUUGCCGUCGACAGUUCGUUAAUAUGACCCAUUUAAAUGAUCACUUGCAAAUGCACUGUGGCGAAAAACCAUAUUUCUGCAUUCAGCUGGGAUGCAAAUGCAGCUUUAACUCGCAUGCUGAACUUCUCAUGCACAGAAAGGUGCAUUCAGAAUUCCAGGCACAGUGUAUGUUUCCAAACUGUGGGAGAGUAUUCAGUGAAGCUUACUUACUCUAUGAUCACGAAGCACAACACUACAUCACGUUCACUUGCAAAAGUGAAAAUUGUGGCAAGAUAUUUUACUCUCUGUCUCAGCUGAAUUUACAUCAGAAAGAUCACACGAAGCCAGAGUUUGCUGACGUUGAGAGCUUAAGGCUUCAAAAUGAGACAAACCCCCAGAAUUCUUUGAACAUAGAACAGACCUCAAACAAAACCGCUGAUGUUCUACAAGACUGUAGUCCACAGAACAUGAAACACACUGUUGAGAACACGUUAAACUCUACUCAUGGAUCUGUAGAGGAGCCUCAUCUCUCUUUUUCUUACACACGUGAAUCAUCAGUCACACAUGACCAGUCACCAGCUAGGAGCCCUUCUGUUGCACAGACUAAUGAAGCAACUAAGACUCUAAACACAGCUUGUAUGACAGAAUCUGGCGUUGAUUCCGCAAACCAGGUUAAUCUUCGAUCAUGCUAUGUGAAACUAAUGCCCAUUCCAGUCAAGUAUGAUGAUUCUGUUAUGUUGAAUACUCUUGAGAACACUGAUGCAGCGCCUCAGCCAAUAUUAAAAGAUAAGAAGCUAUUUUUCUUCACUGGGACACAGCUCACAACUAGUCAGACACCUGAUUUACAAAAUGGAACUCCGCCAAAUGCAUGUAUGCAGCCAUGGUCGCAGGCAAAUAUGGAAAAUGGAGGGGAGAAUCUCACUCACAUCUGUCCAUUUGAGACAUGUACGCGAAAAUAUAGCACUUCAAAAAGUUUGUCAAGACAUGUAAAAAAUGUGCAUAUUGAAGCUUUCGAGGAGUGGAAACUGUCAAGGAAGUACAAGAGGAUUGCAGAAAUUGCUGCAAGAAAAUCUUCAUCCGACCCUAAACACUCAAAUAUUCCGAUUUCCAAAAAGCGGAUAAAAUCUUCUACAAGGGCAGUACCCCACCAGUAUCCAGGAAUCCAGCAGGUGAAGCGUCAGCCAGACUGUACAGCUGCAGACCCUAUUCCCCAUCUCUCUGGUCCUAUAAACACACAAACUUUUGGUGCCAAAUUUUGCCCUCCAUUUGAAGGAGCUCAGAAUGAAGCUCAACUAACUGCUCCUCCGUUAAUACAAUCACAGAUGGCUCAGUCGUGGAGUUCAACUUCAUUUGAUGGAUACAAUUCUGAUUAUUCUCUGCAGAAUCACUUCCCGCCAAUGAUUAUGCCUGACGGCUUACAGCAGUCUUAUCCAUUAUACAUGUCACACACUGACCUACUGUCAGAAAGAGACAUGGAUUAUGCUCCUUCCUUAGCUGACGACGGCAACGCACUGUCAACAGGAAACAUGGAUUCGCACUCAAGUGUAAUGAACGAAGCUUCUAAAUAUGUCUCAAGCUCUUUAAGGGUGUUACAUGCACUUAAUGGUGACCAGACAUGUGAGAUAUCACAAAUGGCAUCAAGUGAAGAACUUGGAUACAUGCAGAUCAGACAAAACCAUAACAGCGUCGUUCCCCCAGAUGUUAGCGAUUUGCAUUCUGUAUCGGAUCAGAAUUUCAGUCAAUAUUUUUCAUCUUAUCCAGCAGAGACGUGUUCCACUUCAGUACAAUCUCUGUUAAAGCCAGAAAAAGAAUACCCGGUUAGUGAUGCUAAUCCGCUGUUCUCAUCAGAAGUUAAAAGUCAAACCCAUUUUGUAUCACGUAUUUGCAAAGAAGAACCUGAAUGUUUUUCUGUUUCCAAUGCCAGCACUACAGCAAUUGAAAAUGAACAGAAUAAUGAUUUACUCACACAAGAAAUGUCACCAGUGACAAGUGAAGAUGUUUCUUGUGGUGAUAAGAGCAUUACAAGUCCUGGUGAAAUCACAAAAAUGAAGAAAGUUCGAUCAUCGAAGAGGACUAAGUGGCCUGCAAUAAUAAAGGAUGGAAAAGUUAUUUGCUGCAGGUGCUACAGAGAGUUUAGCAGCACCAAGUCCCUUGGAGGACACUUAUCUAAGCGCUCCCAGUGCAGGCCAUUAGAUGAAGUUGAUCUAACUGCUGAUUUGCCGACAUCAUUUCUUGAUUUUCUGAACGAUCCCGACAUUUCAACCAUCCCAGUAUCUCUUCACAGAAAUGACCUGCAUGGCCAAGAUCCCCAGUCACUUGUACAUCAGCAGUCUGAAUCAAAUGUCCUGAACAGUAGCAGCUUUACAGACAUCCAAAGCCCAAAUUACAGUCUUCAGAAUGGACAUCUGUCAUCUGGAGACACAUCCGAAAGUCCUUUCGUAGCCCCUAAUAAUCAGAGUGGAAGUUCAUCUAAUGUGCCAUCUUUGAAAAUUCUUGACUUGCCAGCAACUGAUGCUGAAAAGAACUUUAAAGCUGAAAUAUCUUCUUCUACAUCUCCCGUUGAAGAUGGCAAUAUUUUAGAAAUUGAACGGGCAUUACAGCGCCUAGAUUUAGUCGAUGGACUCACCCAAGACACCCUAAAAGUUGGACCACCUGCCUUGCAAAAUCUUAUGGCUGUCAAUAAAACAACACCCAAGAGCUGUAAUAAAUCCAAAAGUCAGGGAGAAAGUCGUGAUCUGAAGAACAUUCUCAAACCAUUCAGAUGUACUGAACAUGGCUGUGCCUAUGGUGCAAUGACAAAGGAAGCUUUAUUUAAACACCUCAUCCGAGUACACGAAUUCACUGAGGACAAGGUAAAUGAACUAAAGAAAAACCCAGACGGAUUAUCACCAUACAUUUGUCACAUGUGCUCAAAGACAUUUACCAGAACCACAGGCCUUAAAAUCCACUAUAAAAAUGUACAUCGCUUAUCAAAGGAGGAAAUAUCUAAAUUAAAAAUUGGCAGACAAAGCAGAAAGACAAAAGCAUCUAACUCCGCAUCAAAAGAUGCAACUAAGAACCUUGCCAGCCCUCAGACAAACAGCUUUUCAUCCCUGCAGUCUUUGUCAAACGUAACUUUUGGCAUGGUAGGUACUAAUAUAAAGAGUGAACCAGCAGACUUUGCAGGAAAAAACCAAUGCCUUAAUCAAGUUGCCCUAAUAAGUAGUGUGAUUAGUCCAGCUGCAGAUGUGUUACAGAAAAAUCCAGGUCCUGUUUUAAUAUCAGAAAAGGAUUUAAAACCUUUGCAAGGUCCUUGUCACACUGCAGAUAACCCAAAUGUGCAGAGUUCAACAAUAGGUGUUAAUCAAGAACUGGCAGCUGGGAACACUGUUCCUGUUGACAAAAACUGUGUUUUGGAGCAAGCUGCCAAUGCCUCAUCCACACAUGUGAGAGAAAGCGUGACUGAACAAAUGAACAAGUCAAAAAAGGCAAAACCUAAGGAGAGGUUUGAACCCCUUAAAAAAGAGAAACCACGCAAAAAGCUUGUGGCCAAAGUCGAUCCUGUUGAUGCAAAUGAUGAUGUUAGUUUGUACAGGCCAUACCGAUGUGUCCAUGAAGGAUGUGUAGCAGCAUUUUCUAUCCAGCAAAAUCUCAUCUUACAUUACAAGGCGAUGCAUCAGUCAGAGAUUCUAGAUGAAGCAAAUGAAAAGAUCAGUGGAGAUCAUGAUGAUGGGUCUACUCGUGUCCAUGAAUUUAAAUGUCAAGUGAAGGAAUGUUCCAAGGUUGUCUCCAAAGUUACAAGCUUACUCAAGCAUUAUCUGUUGCUUCACAGAUGCACGUUAGAAAAAGCAAGUGCUUUGCUGUCGGGUAUUGAGGUAGGGAAAUUUCAGUGCGAUCAGUCCAAAUGCUCUGCAUAUUUCACGUGCCAUCUGAAAUACAUUGAUCAUAUUAAGAACGACCACAAAGCAAUAAGAGUUUCUGCGGAUGGAGACUUUGAAAGUGUUGACCUCACAUUCAAGUGUGAGUAUGAGGGUUGUGACCGGGUCUAUACCACAAAGUCAAAUCUUCUACGACAUUUCAUGAAAAAGCAUCAAACACCUUUUGACACCAUUAAACAGAAACCAAAAAAGUGUGAAGCAGAGACAGAAUCGGCAAAAACGCUUGGCGCAAAGCCUAAUGAUGGGAAGGAGAAUAUUUCAAGUAACAAGAUCAAACUGAAAAAGAAAAAUUCAAAGAAAAAGGAGGAGAAAGCCCGUAACCACUGGACAAGCUUCGGAAAGCCUUCUCUGAAGUCCAAGGAUGAGGCAUCUGCUAUGUGCACUGGGCAGUUUCCUCUACAGUACCCAUGUAUGAUUAAGGGCUGUGACUCAGUCUCAAACACAGAACGGAAUAUAGUUAAGCAUUACACCACUCACGGUCUCACAGAACGCUACAUUGAGAAUCAGAGGAGCCAUUUCAUAUUUUGUAAGAAGAACUCACGAUUAAGGAACAAAGAAGGAAGUAAAUCAGAUGAAAUUUCAUCAGACACCACUGAAGCUGAAAAGGCUGAUUCUGACAAAAAUACCGAUCCUGCUCCAAAGGCUGACCCUCAGCAAAAGGUGGAUCCCGCAGAAAAGGCUGAUCCCACCCAAAAGGCUGAUCCCUCGCAAAAGGCAGAUCCUCAGCAAAAUGCUGAACCCCCACAAAAGACUGAUCCUCAGCAAAAGGCUGAACCCACACAAAAGACUGAUCCUCAGCAAAAGGCUGAACCCACACAAAAGACUGGUCCUCAGCAAAAGGCUGAACCCACACAAAAGACUGGUCCUCAGCAAAAGGCUGAACCCCCACAAAAGACUGAUCCUCAGCAAAAGGCUGAACCCCCACAAAAGACUGAUCCUCAGCAAAAGGCUGAUCCUGUGAACUCCGUGGUUAAAUCCCAGGAUCUAGAGCCGGAAAAUGACGGUCCUCCUAAAACCGAGCAAGUAGCUUUUGCGAACCCUACAUCCGAACCAAUACCAGUUAAACGCAAAAGGGGGCGGCCGCGAAAGUCAGAACAGACACUAAAAGUCAACCCAGAACGGAAACAAAGUCUUAGACACAGCACUACAGAUAGCAACCAUGUCCCAAAGGUUUCAGGCGCUACAUCAAAUUCUGCUGUCCAUCAUCAGGAGCAGACUGAGAGUGGAGUUGCACAAAAGCUUUUCAGUCCUUUAGGGUUGAAGGCAUCGAUACUUAAGUUAUUUGAAGAGCCUCCUUCGACAAAUACUUUCAAGAGGAAAUCAGCUGAAAGUGAUUGGACUGACAAACCAUUAAAACGAAAACAAAAAAAACUGAAUGCUAAUAGUAUGUACAGAAACUCUAUGUUUCUGAAGAAAGGUGAGGACCAACAUAUGGUUCAUUUCAGAAAUCCCCUCAAGUUAGAGUCUGUCAAUAAUGUUAAGAUUGUUAUGGAUGGAAGUUUUUCCAGUGGUGCUGAUCUUUUGCUGAAACAACUUCAGGACAUGCGGCCUACAGUCAUCCUGAAAAAGUGGCUGUGCAGUUGAUGACUGGCUUUGAGACUGAUGUCUCUGUCUCUUUUCAGAGCUUUGCACUCAGGAUUAGAUAACGUUACAUGCUGCAGACAGGUACAUCAGCUAACAGUUUGUCUGAGGUUUUUUCAAGCAUUUCAUUUGAUUUGGGAAGACUGAAAAAGACAGAUUCUUAUACAAAAUAUUGAUUUUACAUUUUGAGAUACCAUUAUGUACAUUAGGGUUUAAAUGUUAUGUAGAAACAUAUUUGUAUUUAUGAAGUCAGUUCUCUUUUAAAGCUUAGCGUUUGCUAAAUGUAAUAUUUUACACACAUGCUGAAAAAAUG